AUGUAUACAUCGGCGCAGUUCAAGAAGUUUAAGAAGUUCAAGAUCAAAUUGUACCGAGUAGCGCCGGCCGAUAUAGUGAAACGGCGAUUUGCAUGCUCCAUUGCUGCACAAUUACAUCAAAGAGCACCCCCCCAUUCUAUCAACAAAUCAGCAGACGAUGACUACAGGGAAAAGGAUAAACUCAGCUGA